GGGCAUGCUCAGUAGACAGGGCAGGUUUUUUGGUCUCGAGUAGCGGAGAAACAUUUUUUGCACCACCGCUACCAGCCUUAGAGCGCGGCGGCGGCGGCCACGGCAACAUCAGCACUGCCAUUCGCCGUGCAGACGCCCCGCACCCGGGAGCGCGGCGGGCUCCGGCUCAGCCCGGAGUUCACCUCCGAGUGCCCCGGGGGCUGAGCUCACCCCUUCUGCUCGCACACACACGCACACUCUCUCUUUCACGGACACUCACGCGUAUACACACUCUCGCACACACACACGACCCCGGGCGCAAGCACCCUCCUGGCAAGGAUCGUCCGCUGGCGCGGCGAUAGCCGGGUUCGGUCCCUGCCCCCGGCGGCUGCCGGCUGAGAGCACCGCCGCCGCCCGCCGGAGGAGAGCGAUGCGGGGGCCCAAGCGGCAGCUCGAACACUAAUGUGGAUUUACAGUCGUUUCCCGCAGGAACCGGCCGAGACGCCUGAAGUCCUGGGCACCGGCGGCGCCCGGCGGGGCUGAGCACCUGGCAAGGGGGCGGGGGACCGCACCUGGGGACGCCACCGAAACUUGCGCCUGGACUAGGAAUUACAAGAGUGACCUUUAUUCAGCUGUCUCCUUUCUGAUUCCCAUAACUUCUGGAUCUAUCGAGGACCACUUACAUUAAAGGAGUUCCUCUUCCUUCAUUUCAUGAAAUUGAGCUUGUUUAAUCAGACAUGGAGCAAACAGACUGCAAACCCUACCAGCCUCUCUCAAAAGUCAAGCAUGAAAUGGAUCUAGCUUAUACCAGUUCUUCUGAUGAAAGUGAGGAUGGCCACAAACCCAGACAGUCCUACAACUCCAGGGAAACUCUGCAUGAGUAUAACCAGGAGCUAAGGAUGAAUUACAACAGUCAGAGUAGGAAGAGGAAAGAAGUGGAGAAAUCUACUCAAGAGAUGGAAUUCUGUGAAACCCCUCACACUCUGUGCUCUGGCUACCAGACAGACAUGCACAGUGUUUCCCGGCAUGGCUACCAGCUAGAGAUGGGGUCUGACGUGGACACAGAGACAGAAGGUGCUGCCUCACCGGACCACGCUCUGAGAAUGUGGAUAAGGGGGAUGAAAUCAGAGCACAGUUCCUGUUUGUCCAGCCGGGCCAACUCUGCAUUGUCCUUGACUGACACGGACCACGAGAGGAAGUCGGAUGGGGAGAAUGGUUUUAAAUUCUCACCUGUUUGCUGUGACAUGGAGGCUCAAGCUGGGCCUACUCAAGACAUGCCAAGCAGCCCGCACAACCAGUUCACCUUCAGGCCGCUCCCGCCGCCCCCGCCGCCUCCGCACGCGUGCACCUGUGCCAGGAAACCAGCCCCUGCCGCCGACUCUCUUCAGAGGAGAUCGAUGACUACCCGCAGCCAGCCCAGCCCCGCGGCUCCAGCUCCGCCAACCAGUACGCAGGAUUCAGUCCAUCUGCAUAACAGCUGGGUGUUGAAUAGCAACAUACCUUUGGAGACCAGGCAUUUCCUGUUUAAACAUGGAUCUGGUUCCUCGGCUAUCUUCAGUGCGGCCAGCCAGAACUACCCUCUGACAUCCAACACCGUGUACUCGCCGCCUCCACGGCCGCUUCCUCGGAGCACCUUUUCCAGACCUGCCUUUACCUUUAACAAACCUUACAGGUGCUGCAACUGGAAGUGCACAGCCUUGAGUGCCACUGCGAUCACCGUGACUUUGGCCUUGUUACUAGCCUAUGUGAUCGCAGUACAUUUGUUCGGCCUGACUUGGCAGUUGCAACCAGUUGAAGGACAGCUCUAUGAAAAUGGAGUUAGCAAAGGGAACAGAGGGACCGAAUCCAUGGAUACUACUUACUCUCCAAUUGGAGGAAAAGUUUCCGAUAAAUCAGAGAAAAAAGUGUUUCAGAAGGGACGGGCGAUAGACACUGGAGAAGUUGACAUUGGUGCACAGGUCAUGCAGACCAUUCCACCUGGCUUAUUCUGGCGUUUCCAGAUUACUAUCCACCAUCCUAUAUAUCUGAAAUUCAAUAUUUCUUUAGCCAAGGACUCUCUGCUGGGGAUUUAUGGCAGAAGAAACAUUCCACCUACACACACUCAGUUUGAUUUUGUAAAAUUGAUGGAUGGAAAACAACUGGUGAAGCAGGACUCCAAGGGCUCUGAUGAUACCCAGCACUCCCCUCGGAACCUGAUCUUAACCUCACUGCAGGAGACAGGUUUCAUAGAGUAUAUGGACCAAGGGCCUUGGUAUCUGGCAUUUUACAAUGAUGGAAAAAAGAUGGAGCAAGUUUUCGUGUUAACUACAGCAAUUGAAAUAAUGGAUGACUGUUCAACCAAUUGCAAUGGAAAUGGAGAGUGUAUCUCUGGCCAUUGUCAUUGUUUUCCAGGAUUCCUUGGGCCUGACUGUGCGAGAGAUUCGUGCCCUGUGCUAUGUGGCGGGAAUGGAGAAUACGAGAAAGGACACUGUGUCUGCCGAAAUGGCUGGAAGGGGCCAGAGUGCGACGUUCCAGAAGAGCAAUGCAUUGACCCAACAUGCUUCGGUCACGGCACCUGCAUCAUGGGAGUCUGCAUCUGUGUGCCAGGAUACAAAGGAGAAAUAUGCGAGGAAGAGGACUGCUUAGACCCAAUGUGUUCCAACCAUGGCAUCUGUGUAAAAGGAGAAUGUCAUUGCUCUACUGGCUGGGGAGGAGUCAACUGUGAAACCCCACUUCCUAUAUGUCAAGAGCAGUGCUCAGGACACGGGACUUUUCUUCUGGACGCUGGAGUGUGCAGCUGUGAUCCCAAGUGGACAGGAUCUGACUGUUCAACAGAGCUUUGUACCAUGGAGUGUGGUAGCCAUGGAGUCUGCUCACGAGGAAUUUGCCAGUGUGAAGAAGGUUGGGUAGGACCAACAUGUGAAGAACGCUCCUGUCAUUCUCACUGUGCCGAGCAUGGCCAGUGCAAAGAUGGAAAAUGUGAGUGUAGCCCUGGAUGGGAGGGCGACCACUGCACUAUUGCUCACUACUUAGAUGCCGUCCGAGAUGGCUGCCCAGGGCUCUGCUUUGGAAACGGGCGAUGUACCCUGGACCAAAAUGGUUGGCACUGUGUGUGUCAGGUGGGUUGGAGUGGAAUAGGCUGCAACGUUGUCAUGGAAAUGCUUUGUGGAGAUAACUUGGACAAUGAUGGAGAUGGUUUGACCGACUGUGUGGACCCUGAUUGUUGUCAACAAAGCAACUGUUAUGUAAGUCCUCUCUGUCAGGGCUCACCAGAUCCUCUUGACCUCAUUCAGCAAAGCCAACCCCUCUUCUCUCAGCAUACUUCGAGACUCUUUUAUGAUCGAAUCAAAUUCCUCAUUGGCAAGGACAGCACUCACGUCAUUCCUCCAGAGAUCUCAUUUGACAGCAGGCGUGCUUGUGUGAUUCGAGGCCAAGUGGUGGCUGUAGAUGGAACUCCUCUAGUAGGGGUGAAUGUUAGUUUCCUGCAUCACAGUGAUUAUGGGUUUACCAUCAGCCGGCAAGAUGGAAGCUUUGACCUUGUAGCCAUUGGUGGUAUUUCUGUCAUCUUGAUCUUUGACCGAUCACCUUUCCUGUCUGAGAAGAGAACACUCUGGUUGCCUUGGAAUCAGUUCAUUGUGGUAGAGAAAGUAACCAUGCAAAGAGUGGUAUCAGACCCACCAUCCUGCGACAUCUCCAACUUUAUCAGCCCAAACCCUAUUGUGCUUCCUUCACCACUCACAUCAUUUGGAGGGUCCUGUCCAGAGAGGGGAACUAUUGUUCCUGAGCUGCAGGUGGUACAAGAGGAGAUCCCCAUUCCUUCCAGCUUUGUGAGGCUGAGUUACCUGAGCAGCCGCACCCCUGGAUAUAAAACCUUGCUCCGGAUCCUUCUGACACACUCAACCAUUCCUAUGGGAAUGAUAAAAGUACACCUCACGGUAGCUGUGGAAGGGCGACUCACACAGAAGUGGUUUCCUGCUGCAGUUAAUCUCAUCUACACGUUUGCUUGGAACAAGACCGACAUCUAUGGACAGAAGGUUUGGGGCCUGGCAGAGGCUUUGGUAUCUGUGGGAUAUGAAUAUGAAACAUGCCCUGACUUUAUUCUCUGGGAGAAAAGGACAGUCAUCUUACAAGGUUUUGAGAUGGAUGCUUCUAACCUAGGAGGCUGGUCACUGAAUAAGCAUCAUAUUUUGAAUCCUCAAAGUGGAAUCAUACAUAAAGGGAAUGGAGAAAAUAUGUUCAUUUCCCAGCAGCCCCCAGUCAUAUCAACCAUAAUGGGUAAUGGACACCAACGGAGUGUAGCCUGUACCAACUGCAAUGGCCCAGCUCACAACAACAAACUCUUUGCUCCUGUUGCCUUAGCUUCUGGCCCUGAUGGUAGUGUGUAUGUUGGCGACUUUAAUUUUGUAAGACGAAUAUUUCCCUCGGGAAACUCCGUUAGUAUUUUGGAAUUAAGAAACAGAGAUACCAGACAUAGCACAAGUCCUGCUCACAAAUACUAUCUGGCUAUGGACCCUGUGUCUGAAUCACUUUAUCUAUCAGACACCAACACUCGAAAAGUCUACAGGUUGAAAUCUCUUGUGGAAACAAAAGAUCUGUCCAAGAAUUUUGAAGUGGUGGCAGGGACAGGUGAUCAGUGCCUUCCCUUUGACCAGAGUCACUGUGGAGAUGGCGGGAGAGCAUCGGAAGCUUCACUGAACAGCCCCCGAGGCAUCACAGUUGAUAGGCAUGGAUUCAUUUACUUUGUGGAUGGGACCAUGAUUCGGAGAAUUGAUGAGAAAGCUGUGAUCACAACUGUAAUCGGCUCAAAUGGUCUGACUUCCACACAGCCCCUGAGCUGUGACUCAGGAAUGGACAUCACUCAGGUGCGAUUAGAGUGGCCAACAGACCUUGCAGUCAAUCCCAUGGACAAUUCAUUGUAUGUCUUGGAUAACAACAUUGUGCUGCAAAUUUCUGAGAACAGGCGCGUGCGGAUCAUUGCAGGGCGCCCCAUUCACUGCCAGGUUCCAGGCAUCGAUCAUUUCUUGGUCAGCAAGGUGGCAAUUCACUCCACUCUGGAGUCAGCUAGGGCCAUCAGCAUCUCCCACAGCGGGCUGCUCUUCAUAGCUGAAACAGAUGAGAGGAAAGUAAACCGCAUUCAGCAAGUCACCACCAACGGAGAGAUCUCCAUCAUAGCUGGUGCCCCUACUGACUGUGACUGCAAAAUUGAUCCCAACUGUGACUGUUUUUCAGGUGAUGGUGGCUAUGCCAAAGAUGCAAAGAUGAAGGCCCCUUCCUCCUUAGCAGUGUCACCUGAUGGUACCCUAUAUGUCGCAGACCUCGGGAACGUUCGAAUUCGUACCAUUAGCAGAAACCAAGCCCACCUGAAUGACAUGAACCUUUAUGAGAUUGCUUCACCUGCUGACCAGGAGCUCUAUCAGUUCACUGUCAAUGGAACCCACCUGCACACCUUGAACUUGAUAACAAGGGACUACGUAUAUAACUUCACCUACAAUGCCGAAGGUGACUUAGGUGCAGUUACCAGCAGCAAUGGCAACUCUGUGCACAUUCGCCGUGAUGCAGGCGGGAUGCCCCUGUGGCUUGUGGUGCCUGGCGGGCAGGUGUACUGGCUGACCAUAAGCAGCAAUGGAGUUCUGAAAAGAGUGUCAGCCCAAGGCUAUAAUCUGGCCUUGAUGACCUAUCCAGGAAACACGGGGCUUCUGGCUACCAAAAGUAAUGAAAAUGGAUGGACGACUGUUUACGAGUAUGACCCCGAGGGACAUCUGACCAAUGCAACAUUUCCCACUGGAGAGGUCAGCAGCUUUCACAGUGACCUGGAGAAGCUGACAAAAGUGGAAUUAGAUACUUCCAACCGUGAAAAUGUCCUCAUGUCAACCAACUUGACAGCAACUAGUACCAUAUAUAUUUUAAAACAAGAAAAUACCCAGAGCACCUAUCGGGUGAGUCCAGACGGCUCCCUACGCGUCACCUUUGCCAGCGGGAUGGAGAUCAGCCUCAGCUCCGAGCCCCACAUCUUGGCCGGGGCCGUGAACCCCACCCUGGGCAAAUGCAACAUCUCCCUGCCCGGAGAGCACAACGCCAACCUCAUCGAGUGGCGGCAGCGCAAGGAGCAAAACAGAGGCAACAUUUCGGCUUUCGAAAGGAGACUGAGGGCCCACAACCGAAACCUGCUCUCCAUAGAUUUUGAUCACAUAACUCGCACAGGAAAGAUCUAUGAUGACCACCGGAAAUUCACCCUUCGAAUUCUUUAUGACCAGACUGGACGACCAAUUCUGUGGUCCCCUGUAAGCAGAUAUAAUGAAGUGAACAUCACAUAUUCACCUUCGGGAUUGGUGACGUUUAUUCAAAGAGGGACGUGGAAUGAAAAAAUGGAAUAUGACCAGAGUGGGAAAAUAAUUUCAAGAACUUGGGCUGAUGGGAAAAUUUGGAGCUAUACCUACUUAGAAAAGUCCGUGAUGCUUCUCUUACAUAGCCAGCGACGUUACAUCUUUGAAUACGACCAAUCAGAUUGUCUGCUCUCCGUCACCAUGCCUAGUAUGGUGCGCCACAGCCUACAAACCAUGCUUUCAGUUGGCUACUACCGGAACAUCUACACCCCACCAGACAGUAGCACUUCUUUUAUCCAAGACUAUAGUCGAGAUGGCCGACUACUACAGACCCUGCAUCUGGGAACAGGGCGCAGAGUUUUAUACAAAUACACCAAGCAAGCAAGGCUGUCUGAGAUUCUCUAUGAUACCACUCAGGUCACAUUAACAUAUGAAGAGUCUUCUGGGGUGAUUAAGACAAUACACCUGAUGUACGACGGCUUCAUUUGCACAAUCAGAUACAGGCAAACAGGACCUCUUAUUGGACGCCAGAUCUUCAGAUUCAGUGAAGAAGGUCUGGUGAAUGCUCGGUUUGACUACAGCUACAACAACUUCCGCGUCACCAGCAUGCAAGCUGUGAUCAAUGAGACCCCUUUGCCCAUAGAUCUGUACCGAUAUGUUGAUGUUUCUGGUAGAACAGAGCAGUUUGGAAAAUUCAGUGUCAUUAAUUACGAUUUAAAUCAGGUCAUAACUACUACGGUGAUGAAGCACACCAAAAUCUUCAGUGCCAACGGACAAGUUAUUGAAGUUCAAUAUGAAAUCCUAAAGGCAAUUGCCUACUGGAUGACUAUUCAAUAUGAUAAUAUGGGGCGUAUGGUAAUAUGUGAUAUAAGAGUAGGAGUAGAUGCCAACAUAACAAGAUACUUCUAUGAAUACGAUGCUGAUGGGCAACUUCAAACUGUUUCUGUAAAUGACAAAACGCAGUGGCGUUAUAGUUAUGAUCUGAAUGGAAACAUCAACCUCCUAAGCCAUGGGAAUAGUGCUCGUCUUACUCCUCUCCGAUAUGACCUCCGAGACCGCAUCACCAGACUAGGAGAAAUUCAGUAUAAAAUGGAUGAAGAUGGCUUUCUGAGGCAGAGGGGAAAUGAUAUCUUUGAAUAUAAUUCUAAUGGUCUGCUGCAGAAAGCCUACAAUAAGGCUUCUGGCUGGACUGUGCAGUAUUAUUAUGAUGGGCUUGGGCGACGUGUCGCCAGUAAGUCCAGCCUAGGGCAACACCUUCAGUUCUUUUAUGCAGACCUUGCCAACCCCAUAAGAGUCACUCAUUUGUACAACCACACGAGCUCAGAGAUCACAUCUCUGUAUUAUGAUCUCCAAGGUCACCUUAUUGCCAUGGAGCUAAGCAGUGGUGAAGAAUAUUAUGUAGCCUGUGAUAAUACAGGCACCCCACUGGCUGUAUUUAGCAGUCGAGGUCAGGUGAUAAAGGAGAUAUUGUACACACCUUAUGGAGAUAUAUAUCAUGACACUUACCCUGACUUUCAGGUCAUCAUUGGUUUUCAUGGAGGACUGUAUGAUUUGCUUACUAAAUUAGUGCACCUGGGGCAACGGGAUUAUGAUGUUGUUGCUGGUAGGUGGACGACACCUAAUCAUCACAUAUGGAAACAGUUGAACCUCCUUCCUAAACCAUUCAACCUCUACUCCUUUGAAAAUAACUACCCAGUUGGCAAAAUUCAAGACGUUGCAAAGUAUACCACAGACAUUGGAAGUUGGUUGGAGCUGUUUGGUUUCCAGUUACACAAUGUUCUACCUGGAUUUCCCAAACCAGAAUUAGAAAAUUUGGAAUUAACUUAUGAACUUCUACAGCUUCAGACAAAAACUCAAGAGUGGGAUCCUGGAAAGACCAUUCUAGGUAUUCAGUGCGAGCUCCAGAAACAGCUCAGGAAUUUCAUUUCCUUGGACCAACUUCCUAUGACCCCUCGAUACAAUGAUGGACGGUGCCUUGAAGGAGGGAAGCAACCAAGGUUUGCUGCUGUUCCUUCUGUCUUUGGAAAAGGUAUAAAAUUCGCCAUCAAGGAUGGCAUAGUAACAGCCGAUAUCAUAGGAGUAGCAAAUGAAGAUAGCAGGCGGCUUGCUGCCAUUCUCAAUAAUGCUCAUUACCUGGAAAACCUACAUUUUACCAUAGAGGGGAGGGACACUCACUAUUUCAUUAAGCUCGGGUCUCUGGAGGAAGACCUGGUGCUCAUUGGUAACACAGGGGGGAGGCGGAUUCUAGAGAAUGGUGUCAAUGUCACUGUGUCCCAGAUGACUUCUGUGUUGAAUGGGAGGACUAGACGGUUUGCAGAUAUCCAGCUCCAGCACGGGGCUCUGUGCUUCAACAUCCGGUAUGGGACAACUGUCGAAGAGGAGAAGAAUCACGUGUUGGAGAUUGCCAGACAGCGCGCUGUGGCCCAGGCCUGGACUAAGGAGCAAAGAAGGCUGCAAGAAGGGGAGGAGGGUAUUCGAGCAUGGACAGAGGGGGAGAAGCAGCAGCUGUUGAGCACUGGGAGGGUACAAGGUUAUGAUGGGUAUUUUGUUUUGUCUGUUGAGCAGUAUCUAGAACUUUCUGACAGUGCCAACAAUAUUCACUUUAUGAGACAGAGCGAAAUAGGCAGGAGGUAACAAAAAAAAUCUCUGCCUUUGCGUCACCAAAGACUGCCUGUUUUUAAAAACAUAAAAUGGUUUAUUGUAUUGGUUUUCUAGAUCAGAACUCUGUAUAUGUAAAUAUGGAGGAAAAACAUAUCCAACUGCCUUUCAAUGUGACGGAAGAUGGUAUUUUAAUAUUGUUUGUUUAAACUCUUUAAGAAAUGACAGAUUUUUAGUUCUUGUGUGGCAGUAUUCAAAAUAACACAAGUAAAACAGCUAAAACAAAAGUAUUCAGAAAGCACCACUUUAAAUUUGUCAAGCCAUGCACAUGUUCAAAUAUAAAGAACUCAAGGUUCUAUAUCUCUAUCGUGACACAAAAUUUCACAUUUAACCGUCGGCAGAGCUUAUGGGCUAUUUGAAGAUGUGGUGCAAUAUUCUGAACCUUGCAUUUCGAAAGACUGCCAGCCCUCUCACAUUUUCCAGAUGCGUAAUAGGAAACGUAAAAAGAAGUGUAAAAUGUCCUCAGCCACCAUCUCCCAGAGUCAGGACCCAUUUGCCUCUCCUCCCUGGUUAUUCCUCCUUGCUUGUGAAAGUAAAUGCCAUGUUGUUGUGCUGUGUUUUGGCGUGUGGUGGCUGGGUUCUGCCUACCACGCUUCCCUGCGGGUGUGGUAACCAGACUGAAUUGCCACUAUCUGCUUGUGUGUACAUGAUACCAGGGCAGCUGGCCAGUGUUAACUUCUCCCACACAACCUGUUCUGACUACAUUUUUUUACCAAAUUGUCCAGCUGUAUUGGCAUCAUGUAAGCAUAGCUUUCAUUAACCUGGGUAGGAAUUUCUCAUUUAUAUAUAGGGUGUGUUUUGGUCAUAGUUUCACGUUAGUGAUUCCGUAUUUAUACACUAAUCCAAUGGCUUUGUGCACACGAAAGGUAAUUUACUACAAAUGAUUCUGGUACAAAAUAAGAAAAAGAAAAAGAAAAAAGAGGCGUCAGCAGGCAUGCAUGCCUGACAUGCCAAUAAAUAUGUUCACUACUACUGCAGAAAUUCACAAGAGCCAAAACCUUUCAAAACAAACAAACAAACAAACAAACAGACCUAGUACUAAGACGAAAGGAAAGUACCAAAGGAAAGACCAAACCAAACAUCACAGUAGUUGCUGCCACAUUGAUUCAUCCCCCUUGGAUUUAUCUUUCAAAUGUACAAUUCUGCAUUGACCAUCUCCCAGCCACAGUAAGGAAAUUUAAUUAAGUGAACCCUUUCCGAUCUCAGACAUUUCAACUAAUUAUAGAGAGGCAGACUGUUUUUUGCUGAAAUAAUUUAUGCAGUUAUUUAUUUUAGAUCUCUGUCUUCACCCAUUUAUUUUGAUUUAAUCAUCUGUCCUGCCUAGAAAAAUAACUAUUUUCCAGGAAGGGUAAUUUUGUUCCAUGAUCAGUUAAACUUUGGAAAAAGAUCAGGAUUAGUGUUAAUAUCAGCUGCAGUUUCUCAAUCUUUAUGAAUCCUGUAGUAAAAAGAAGCCCCUUCGUUAGCUGUGAGAUUUGUGCCCAGUGACAAAGAGACAGUUUGUAAAACGCUGUGUAAUUGUACGUUACCACAAAUGAAAAUACACGACAGCACAAUGUGGCCUGUUGAAAAUUCCCCUGAGCCAGCUUCAGCACUUUCAUCACUGGGUCUGCACAUUUGCUAUGUCUGAAGGAAAAUUUAUGAUGGAAUGUUACAGUUUGGAUUCUUUCCAGCUACUACCUAAAUGCAGUGUGGGGGUCAUUGCCCUGCUUUGUGAUGGCAGUUUUUUUUGAAAAUAUGCAAAGUCAGAAUUCAGGCUCAGGUUAAGGUUUCUAAAGAGUCUGACUCCUUACUCCACCAAGUAGAAUAAGGGAAAGGCAAGGAUCUGCACAGCAGGGGAAGGUAUAUCCAGACAUUUCAUUUUCAAAAACAUCAGGUUGAGAUUACCACAUUCUUACACAUGUAUUCCGAAAGAGAGAGAAUUCAUGAUGAGCUCCUCUCUCUCUUUUUUUAAAGGUUUUAUUUAUUCAUUUGAGAGAGAGACAGAGAGCAUGAGGGGAGGGAGGGGCAGAGGGAGGGGGAGAAGGAGAAGCAGA